AUGGCAGACAUCGAGGAUUAUCCCCUCGAAAGGCCCUUGUCAGUCAGUGGAGACCGACAUGCUUCGGAUGUGGAGCAAAGUAUCGAGGAUGUAUCGCCGACCGAUUCAAGGCCACACGAGUCAAAGAAAACGAAGCUAUGUGUCUUGAUCGGGUCUGGUAUCCUCCAGCUACCAAUUUGGGGCUUUGCGAUGAGUUACGGUGUGCUUCAGGAGUACUAUUUCGAUAAUUGGACAUUCGAAGGAUCUCGCACAAUUACUGGUGUUAUAGGGACGACUGCAAAUGGCGUUAUGUAUCUAUCCAUGCCGUUUCUUUUUGCCAUAUUCACUCGACGAUGGGCCCAUCGGCGCCAAUUAGCAGCUGUCUGUGGCACCGUGAUCGCGUGCCUCAGUUUCUUUUUAUCCUCUUACAGCAAGACAGUAUGGCAUCUGCUCGCGACGCAAGGUAUUGCGUCAGCCCUGGGCUGUGCUCUUAUCUACAGCCCAACUACACUCUCCCUAGGAGAAUGGUAUAGUAACAGCAACCGCGCGUUGGCGUAUGGAAUUGUCCUCUCGUGCAAAAAUAUUGUCGGUACUAGCUGUCCGUUUCUGAUCCGCGGUCUCAUUGAUGCCUAUGGCUUUCGGACGACCAUGGCAGUGUGGACUGGAAUUGUGGGUUGCUUAAGUCUCUUCGCCAUCUUCUUAAUACCAACCCAUCCAUCGAAAGUCUCAAGCAACCAAACGCGAGCACGAAGAAUCCCCUGGACCUUCCUCAAACACCGAUCAAUAUAUUUUUACAGCGUAGCUAUUAUCUUUCAGAGCUCAGGAUACGGCAUCCCGCAGACUUAUCUGACUACCUAUGCCCGAAACGUUGCCAUGUUGUCCCAAACAACGGGCACAUUGAUGGUGGCCGUCUUCAAUGCGCCCGGGAUCAUCGCUUCUUCUUUCUUUGGGUGGCUCAGCGAUAACAACCGAAUCAAACUAUCUGUACAGGUUGUAGCCGCCAUUCCACCUCUCGCCUGUGGUCUUUUUACCUUUCUCUUUUGGGGCCUUGCUAUUGAGGGUGCCUCUGCCAUGCUCAUCGUGUUCUCAAUAACUUUCGGAUUUUUCUCUAGUGGCUAUAGCGCCACCUGGGGUGGUAUGCUUAAACAAAUGGAAAUAGAAUCCGCAGAAAGAAACGAAGCUAUUGAUCCUGGCAUGCUAUAUGGCCUUCUCAAUGGUGUUAGAGGAAUUGGUUAUGCGAGUGGCGGUAUUGCUGGUGUUGGGCUACUAAACUCUGGAUUCGUCUCAACUAGUCAUCGUUUCGCAUAUGGCACCACUUAUGGACCAUUAAUUCUAUUUACUGGGCUUUCUUCGAUCCUUGGGGGCUGGGUCAUUUUAUGGAGGUGGAAUCCAGCGACCAGGCUCUUGUCAACCCUAUGGACGACUUGA